AUGAGGCUCCUCCAUUGGGGUCUUUCCCUUGGAUUGUUCUCGUCUACCUCGUUCCCAGUCGUCACUGCGAGAGGUAUACUAGCUAUCGACUAUGGAACCCAAUUCAUGAAAUUGUCACUCGUCCAGCCUGGGAUCCCAUUCGAUGUCCUCCUCAAUCACGAUUCCAAAAGGAAGACACAAGCUGUUGUUUCCGUCAGAGGUGAUGACAAGCUGAUUGGAGAUGAUGCUGCGGCGAUGGCGGCAAGAUACCCUCAAAACUCGUACCCAGGUCUAAAAUUACUCCUCGGCCAGCCACUCGACUCUCCUGCGUACAAUUUACACCAAUCUUUAUAUAACAUCCCCGCCGAGAGCACAACCCGUGGUACAAUCAAACUUAUGCCACAGCUCCCACCGAAUGGUAACACUACUAUCGCCUACCUGCCGGAGGAGCUCAUUGCCCUGCAGUUUUCUUACGCUCGUGAACUAGCCGAUACGGCUAGCGCCAAUAAUCCGAACGCUGGUGUCCCCGGCCUCGGCGGUGAAAAGAUCACGGAUUGUAUCAUUACCGUCCCCGGAUUUUUCAACCAAUUCGAACGCAAAGCUCUUCUUGACGGAGCAGAACUGGCCGGCUUAAAGGUCCUCAACUUGAUUGAUGACGGGGCUAGUUUUGGUGUCAACUAUGCCAUGAUGAGAACAUUUGGGAACAAAAAGGCGAACUCUAAAUCGGCCGAUGGACCAGGGAUUGAAACUCACUUGAUCUACGACGUUGGAGCCAGCUCAAUUAAGGCUACAGUUAUUGAGUUUUCUAUGUUUGAAGAGAAGAUUCAUGUGUCGUCUAAGAUCAAGAAAAAUGUCACCAUGGUUGAUGUGAAGGGAUACGGUCACCAGAGAAAUAUCGGUGGACUUGUUUUUGAUCAAAAAAUUCGUGACAUCCUCAAGCAGGACUUUCAAACUCAGACUAAGAUUGAUGUUAGUAAGAACGAUCGUGCGAUGACAAAACUUUUACGAGAGGCCACCCGAGUCAAACAAGUCUUGAGCGCAAACGCUGAAAGUCAGUCCAGAAUCGAAGGCCUAGUGGAUGAGCACGAUUUUAAAUCAACACUCACCCGCCAAGCUUUUGAAGACGCUUGCGCAAAAGAGAUUCCUCAGUUUACCCAGCCAAUCAUUGACGCCCUCGAACAUGCGAAGAUGAAAAUGGCAGACAUCAAGUCUGUUAUCCUAGUUGGUGGAUCAUCAAGAGUUCCUAUGGUUCAAGCAGCCGUAAAAUCGCUUGUUGGAGAGGACCGAAUUGCUGUGAACGUUAACGCGGACGAAGCGGCGGUGAUGGGCGCUGCACUCUAUGGCGCUGGGAUAAGCCGUCAAUUCAAGACAAAAGACGUCCGGAUCCGCAAUGUCUCUCCUCACUCCAUCUCGGCUUCAUACAACGUCACCAAGCCUCUAAGUCAGGCUGAUUCUGCUUCGCCAGAAGUCACGACUGCUAAAACUAUCACCACCACGUUGUUCCAAACGGGUUCCAAACUUGGGGCUAAGAAAGUAAUCAAGAUGAAGAAAACUGAGGAUUUCUCUGUUCAGCUCAACUACCUUAACCAGCCUUCGUACUUCCCAAGUUCGCUGCUCAACGUCACCAUCCAUGGUAUUUCGGCAGCACUUUUGAACUACACUAACGUAACUGGUCACACCGUUCCUCUCAAAAACACGACUAUCAAGCUAGUUGUUGGAUUAGACGACUCUGAAAUACUUGUUGUUCCUGAAGCUACGCUGAUCUUCCCGACAGAGACGAGUUCAUCCAGCGAGGGCACUAUUGCAAAUAAGAUUGCUGGAUUCUUUGGAGGUUCCAACAAGGAAGAAGCUGAAGAGGCAAUUGAAGAGGUGGCCACUGAGGAUGAUAGCUCCAAGACUGAAUCAAAAGACAAGUCCACUUCGAAAGACGGUCAAAGUGAAGUCGAAAAAGCCAAAGAAGCUUUGAAAGCUGAGAAUGCUGGUGCGACUGACAACGCUAGCAAGAAGCAGCAAGUUGAAAACAUGACCAUCAAACUGACCAUCACACGUCAGGCACUUGGAAUCCAACCAAUGUCUACCAAUGACCGAAUCGCGUCAGGCAAAUUCUUGCGUGAAUUGAAAGCAGCAGAGACUCGCAAGAGAAACCGCGAAGAAGCUCGGAACGCAUUGGAAGCUUACACCUACAAACUCAGAGAUCGUCUUGAACAGCAAGUAUUCCAGUCACACAGCACUGAGAAGGAAACUAACGACUUGAAAUCGGCGAGGGAUGAAGUAUCGGAUUGGCUGAACGAUUGGGCUGAGCAAGCUCCACUGAAGGAAUUGAAAGAAAAGAAACAGAAGUUGGAGCGAUUGGAAAAUCCUAUUCAAAAACGAAUUAUUGAAACCAAAGAAAGGCCGGCCGUAUUAGAGAGGUUCAAUGCGACCUUGGUGACGGCCCAAAACACUCAAUUGAUUCUUAAACCGAUUACCGAAGAGGAUUCGAAAGAUCCGAUGGCGAAGUACACAGAGGAAGAGAUCAAAGGGUUUGCGGACAUGGUCAAGGGACAAACUGAGUGGUUUGAAGAGAUCAGCCGGAAGGUCUCCGAACUCGAUCCUCGUCAAGACCCCCCAGCAACGAUUCAAGAGUUGGAAUCUAGACAGAAGAUGAUCCAGGGUGAAAUCACUAAGUUGGUUCAGAAGAAGGCCCCUAGGAAGAAGGCUAAAACUGCGACUGAUCAGCAACCUUACAGUGCCAAACCUACUGCUGCUGAAACUAACCAAACCGACGAUUCAUCUGCGAAAUCCGAACCUACUACUCCCGACUCUCAACCCUCUUCCGAUGAUCCCAAAUCCGAGGAAGCCCAUUCCAAGGAUGAAUUGUAG